UUCUGAAGGCUGCCCUCAGACUGACGGUCGUGACUGCGGACACCCCUGGACUCCAGCGCCUCAGGCCCCUCUUCCCGGAAGGGUCUCCUGGAAGCCGCUCCGCGUCUCCAGACCCCCCGAGCCACCAGCCACAGAGUCACGGCAGGGAGACCAGAUUCCUCAUGCAGGAGCAGAGACCCUCCAAGCGCUUUCGCUCAACGGCCCCUAAUCAAGGUGUUCAUCCCCAGGAGACAGGCUGCCCUGGUGCAGAAGGCGGAGACCCUGGGGGGGCAGCCGGACCCCCGCAGCCAGGCCAGCCCUCGAGACCCUCCACCUCAGGUGUUCAUCCCCAGGAGACAGGCUGCCCUGGUGCAGAAGGCGGAGACCCUGGGGGGGCAGCCGGACCCCCGCAGCCAGGCCAGCCCUCGAGACCCUUUGCUUAUGUGAACCCCAUGAGAUGUCAGACCCCCGCGUUCGUGGACUCGGCUCGCCUUGCACAGAGAGGCCGAGGCCGCCGCAGGGGAGAUAGCCAGAGGGCUGAAAGAGGCCGGGGCAGGGACCCCCGCCUGCACAGGGACCCCCGCCUGCAGGAGGGGCCGGGACGCCUGCUGGGGCCAGAUCUGCAUUUGGAGCUGGACAGCGGAGAGGUGUCCGAACGGCCCGCGGAGCCAGAAGCCAGGGAGACCCCUUUCACCAGAGCAGCCAUGGCGGCUGCGGCACACGGACACGUGCUGCAGGGCCCCGGCCCCGGCAGUGACGCACUUGGGAGGAGACCCCAGGGGCUGCCCAAUGCCUACAGGUUCUGGGGUCUCAGGGAGGUCCAGCCUUCCGCCUGUUCCUACGUUGGGUUCAUACCCUCGGGCUUGGCUUUGAUAGUCAUGCAGACACCCUCCGGCACCUACCUGUAUGCGGUCGCAGCGCCCUAUGCCCACCACAGCCAGCCCCUCUCUCGCUGACCUGGGCAUUUGCUAAAUACUCCAGGAGACCUUCCCCCAACCGGAGUCCCAUUCCUGUCCCCACUGUCUCCCCCGCUCCCUGUACUGCCCGGACUGAGCCUGCAAGCUCCCCCGGGAUCCCGGCAGGCCCAGGUCUGCUUCCCACAGGACAGGCAGUGACAAGGGACAGAGCAGUGCACGAGGUGUCCAGGCAGAGGGAGCCCCAGGGUGCUCACGGGACGGAGAAGCUGUGAUCGGAGCUUCCCAGUGAGUGGCUGCAGGGUCAGGAUACUGAUGGCGGUCCCCCAGCAGCCUGUGAAACGCGGCCAGUGGUUCCCCUCUGAAGAGAAACACGGAUCCUGAGUGGGUGUGAGAGUGACACGCGUGGAUGAGGCUUGGUUAAAGAGGAAAUUCCAAGAGCUGCCUGUGAGGUGAGACCUACAGGGAAAGCAGAACUGGCCUGACAUCAACACUCCCUCAAAAGCAUCGGUGAUUCCGAGAAAGCCAUGAGGAGACCCCCUCGGAUCCUGGAGAGCAUAUGACCCUGAGUCUCGAAUUCCGUAACCUGGACCAGGUGGUGCGCAGACAGGAGGGGCUGGGCGCCGUCGAGGCACAGGAAAGGGGCCUGAAUCCUAAUCAGCCCGGCCCAAAGUGGGAGCUUCCUCUGAGCUCGAGAGCUCACAGGCUGAUAACAAAGCCCCUUCCUGUGAAAGCCGGCUCCAGGCGAGUUGUUUUGCUGCCUGCCCUGAAAGCACAGAUAAUGCUUUGCAGCCAGGAAAAAAAAAAAAGAAGUGGGAAGAAAAGAGGAAGAAGUGGGAUGCAAGAAGGACCAGAAAGCAAGGAAAUGGGUAAACUGUAUUAUUGAGUCUGAAUAAGUAUGAUCCUUGAAGAAAGAUGAAUAAUCUGGAAUUGAAAUCCCAGAAGGGGACUUCCCUGGUGGUGCAGCGGAUAAGAAUCCGCCUGCCAAUGCAGGGGACAUGAGUUCAUUCCCUGGCCCGGGAAGAUCCCACAUGCCGUGGAGCAACUAAGCUCGUGCGCCACAACUGCUGAAGCCCGCUCACCUAGAGCCCGUGCUCCGCAACAAGAGAAGCCACCGCAGUGACAAGCCCGCGCACCGCAACGAAGAGUAGCCCCUGCUCGCCACAACUAGAGAAAGCCUGCGCACAGCAACGAAGACCCAACUCAGCCAACAAAAAAGAAAAAAAAUUCCAGAAGGCAUUGACAUCGAAAUUUGGGGGACGUAGGAGUUCAAAGGAGCUUAAAAUUACUGAAAUUCUGGUCUAGUCCUGGAAUUCUACAGAUGCUCAACCUGAGAGAGCAGAGGGACCCUGGACAUUUGUAAGCAGGUGGCCCCAUGGUGACUUCUACAGGAGCUGGAGUGGAAUGAGUGAUUCCACACAGAGUGAGGGACACGUGGACCCAAGGAAAUCUGACGAAUCAAACAAGGCAGAGGGGGUAACAGAAACAAGGAGAAAGCAGGACACGUUGACAACGCUAAGUGAGGGGGCUUCCCUGGUGGCGCAGUGGUUGAG